CUAAACUUGUGAAUUCUCUUUCCAAUCUACAUAGUCAUUUUCAUUCAUAAUGGAACAAAAAUCAUUUAGAAUCUAUUAGCUAUAUCACUAAAAGCUUAGGCACAAAGCACUUUUAAAAGGUGUACCAUUCUUUAUCAUUGGCUAUCAGACCAUUGACUCCUUGAUAAAGAUUAGAUAAUGGUUCAAGCUACGCGAUCGUCUAGAGUGUGCAGCACAGUGGUCUCGUAUAAUUAAGUGCAUAAUUAAAUUGAUAUUGAAGCAUAAUAAAAAAAUGUCUUUGAUCAGGCGGCUCCAUCUUGAUGAUAUUGUCACAUCAUUUCCAGAAUUGGGGCCCACAGUUCCUGAUGGUGGUUACUCAUGGAUUGUUCUUUUUGGAGUAUUUUUGGUCCAGAUGACUGUUCCAAGUAUUUUUGCAAUGUACGGAGUAGUAGUGGCAUGCGUAUUUGAACUCAAUACCAUUGAAUUUGAUCUAGUGAUGAAAAAGAUUAUUUUGACACCAGUACUGUUUAUUGCUUUCUGGAAUUUAUCAGAUCCUUGGGCAAAAAUGAUUGUGAGUAUGGCAUCUAUUCCUAUCAUGGUAGGAAUAAUAGGAGUGAUUUUAUUAGUACUUGGAGCCAUAGCAUCUGUAUACCUUACAACAGGCGGUAUAUUCUUGGCUAAUGCCAGUGCUUGUGCAGUAAUGGGUAUAGGUGCUAGUUUUGUCAUCCUAUUAAGUGAUCAUAUUCUGCGAAAAUAUUUCCGGAAGAAGCUCCUUUUAGCGCUGACAGUGAGGAAUACUGCAAUUUCUUUUGGUCUUGUACUUAUUCCAAGCAUCACAAAUUUACUGUUGCAAAAAGCCAAGUUGCAAUCUGGCCUUCAAUUGAUAGCCAUUAUUUUCUUGCCCACUACCCUUGGUGUAUUGACUUUUAAACUGCCUACACAGCAGCAAACUUCUCCUUACAGCCUUCUUCUUUCAACUGAAGAAGAUACUGAACUUCCCAUACGAAUCUCCUCAGAAAUUUCCAAGAGCGAACAACAUUUGAGUAGUCAAGAUGAAAUUGAAAAUUCUGAGUACAGUCAAGGUGAAGAAAGGAUACAGCAUAGUGGAGGAUUGCUUAAUGAAGGAAGUAACAUCUAUGCAUAUGAAGAGCAAGACGAAGAUGUAGAUUUAUUUGUAAAUCCAGUUCCUCAGUCUGAUAGUAAAUGGAAGUAUCAGCUUCAUGCUCUUAAGAAUUUCAAAUUCUGGGCUGCAGUUAUUGGCUGGACUGGAAUGAAAGUAUCUGCUCUCUAUUUCUGGGUUAUUCUGCCUAUAUUCAGUAGCCUAAUUGCACAAGAUUCUUACGUUUGGAUGUCAUUAGUUAUCACAGCUGGCUUUGCUACUUUUCUACCAAACUUAAUGAGUUAUAAAAUAUUGAAAGUCUCUAGUCAAACUAGAAGACUGUAUUUUGGUGUAGCAUCUUGGGUCUGCAGUAUAAGUUUAAUAGGACUAAUUUAUGUGAAUAGCUACUCAUGGAUGCUGAUUUGUGCUCUUGCAGGUGGUAUUAGUAUUGGUAGUUUGUUAAGUUGUCAAGAUUUAGCUUUGUAUGAUAUUCUUGGCAUUGAAACAAUGCGUUCCGUCCAUAAAGGAUUAUCAACCGUUGUGGGUUUAUGUAUACUGAUCUUUUGUGCCAUACACAACAUAUCUAUCUGUCUGAGCGUUGCAGCCCUUUUACAAUUUCUCGGUGGACUUCAUUGGAUCUCAUCACCUGUGCUAAACUUGAUUAAACAAACACGAUACAGAUCCCUUCACAAGGGGAAUAGAACAAGCAGAGAUGAGACAUGAUUAAAACAAUUUUACAUUAACAAUAUAUUUAAGAAUAUCGGUUGUAUCUUAUAUCUUAUCUUAACGAUAUGUACAGAUAUUUAUAUGUAUUAAUCACAAUAAUCUGUUACCUAGAUUCAUCUAAAAAUAAAAAUAGUAUAUAUAAAAUCGUAAAAAUAGACAUUUUAUAGAAAUUAAAAAAUAGGCGACGAAUAUUGUCUAAUAUAAAAGGAAUAAAUACGUUCAUAUUUUAUAAUAGUAUCAUGAUUUUCAUAGAUUCUUAAUUUAAACUUUGUGUCCUAUUUCAAUUUUUCCAUGUUAUUAUCGCUGUUCCAUUAAACGUGUUUUGAAGUGCAAUUUACUCCGUUUUCAGCAACGUUACAUUCAAUAAAUUCUGACACUGACAUACUGCUUUUUGGAUUGAGUAAAUUUUAUCUAAAAUAUAUUUAUCCAAUAGAUUUCAAGAUGAGAACAUGGAAAAGUUAAAAUGAGAUACCCUGUAUAUACAUAUACAAAUAAAAUACAUCAUCUUUAAUCACAAUAUAUAGUGACAUGAGACUAUAUGCUAAUCAAAAAACAUUAUAUUCUCUCAAAAUUCCUUACACAUAAAUUUUUGCACAUGUAUGGAAUAAAUUGUUCUUGAAAUAUCAACAAUUCUAUUUUUUGUAUAUGCAGUAAAUAUAGUAUAUUAUGUGAAUAAAUAUCGCGUAAUGAUACCUCAAUGUUGAAAUAAAAUACAAAAAGAAAUUAAAAUGUUGUGAAAUCAGAAUGCGAUGCAUAUAGUGAGAUCGUAAAACCGGUCUCUUCUUAUUUAUACUUAUUAACGACUUUGUACCUUGUUUGCCAAUUUACUUAUUAUUACUGAUGAGUAUUUUUUACUCGAUCACAUUUACUGUUUGUAACAUUGUUCGCAAUAAUAAUAAGCCAAAUCUUUUUGUUACAAUUAUUUCCAAACUUACAAGGUACUCUUGUAUAUAAUAGUCAACUAUCUUUCCAUUUCCUCUUUUAAAACUUUUUACUUUAAGUAGUAUCUUUUAUAUAAUUUCUUUAAAUAUCACAACUUUCUUUGCACGACUUUGAUACUACAUCACGCGAACAUUUCUUGUUCAUUUACAUUAAUUUGUAACUUUUAUUUUCAACUAUAACCAACGAAAAGUUUAAAAUUCUUCUUAGUGUCAAUUAUAAAAAGACUGAUUAGAUUAUAGCCACUUGUUUUGUAUCAAUUAUUUAAAAUAAUAAUAUUGCAUCAAACAUCCUACAAUUAUUAAUUUCGCUAAAUAUUGCAAAAAGGGCACAUACUAUAGAUAAAUGUCUAUUAUGAGUAUACGAUUGUUAUAAAUAAAAUAUUGAUCUGACUAUUUUUUUCAUUACUAUUUAACUAUGUACAUGCAUAUACUGAGCAAUUGGAGUAAGUUUGCAUCCUUCUAAAUGAAAAUAUGUUUGUCAAGAUGAUUUC